AUGCCAUCUGGCCCGGCAAACGUGAAGAACGGUAAUUUCAAGCCGCCUUUCCAAUCCCCGAAGCUCCAAAGCAACGCUCCAAGCUCGCUAACCUCCCAGGCCACUCCCAUCCAAGCAAUGCUCCACGAAAUCCUCCUCUCCCUCUCGGGCCAUCCGUCGCCCCUCCUCGAAACCGCCGACGCCGAUUCUCACGCUCGAGCUGGCAUCACUCCCCCCGAGCGUCAGCUGCUAGCCACCGCCGGCCAUCUCAGCGAUCUUCAUACGAAGCUUAUCACCCACACGUCGCAAAUCACCUCCUCCCACACGUCGACGAUAUGCCGUGCCGCCGCCGCCGCCGUCCAGUCCGUCCACCUCGCCGCCUUUCAGCGCAAGGUGCUGGCCGUGGAGGAGAGCAUACUGAAGCACGACCCGAACCUGGUGGGUGCCUAUAACAUCGUGCCGCUGACGGCCGUAAUGUCCGAGUUCCAGCAGUGGACGAGGCGGAUGGAAUGGCUGUGGGAAGCUGUGCGUUUCAUCAUGUCCAAGCCAGACGAUGCGCCGGCGACGUGUCGGGGUGCCGACUUGAUCAACUGGCUGUGCAUGCAGCGGCAGAGCGGCUACCAGGAUAUAGCAGACGCUUCUUUGACGCUGAUAGCCGUGACGGAGACGGCGUGGUUGAAGCAGGUCUCCGCCUGGGUCCUCUAUGGCCGACUGCCCAGCUUCGGCACCGACGACUUCUUCAUCACGCAGUCGCAGCCUCCAGAGGACUUUGCCUGUGUCGCUGAGCGGCUGCCAUCAUUUGUGACGCCCGCGACAGCCUCCUCGAUGUUGUUCAUCGGCAAGACACUCAACCACCUUCGACUCAUGGGCAACAUCAACUCGCCACUGGGUGGCCUAGGUGACAUCUCGGCAAAGCUCCAGGAGCUCGGGAGCCUCCCGUUUCCGCUCGACGGAACCAAUUUUGCCCGGAUAAUAACAUCGAUUCGUUUGUCGCUUUCCGAGACAACGCUGCGAAAGAUGCUGCCAGUGGAGAAAGUAGCCGAGAUGGUGCAAUUGCUACGAGCCUUCUUCCUGCUCGGUCGUGGGGAAUUCGCCCUGGCACUGACACACGAAGCGGACGAGUGGAUGCAGAAUCGGUGGCGCAGGGCCGGGAACCUUGCGUACGAAAAUGACGAUGGACUCAGGAAUGUGACUGUCAAGGAUGCCGAGGUUUCCGCCGUCUUGAAUCGAACCUGGGCCACGCUGGGCUCGAUGCAAGCGCAGCAUGCCGACGAAGACGAACAGCUGGAGCUUGCUCGCGGCCUGUUGCGGCUGCAGCUGACGAAGUCUCAGCCCCCGCCACCCAUCAGGUGCGGCAAGGGACUGGGUCCGGAUGCCGUGAAGAUGCUGGAAUCGUCCCCGUUUUCAAGCCUGCUCUUGUCAACCCCCGCGAUGCUGUUCAUGGAGCUCCCUUGGCCUCUUGACAUGGUCAUCUCGUCGUCUGACGUGGCGAUAUACUCCUGCAUCAACACGUUUUUGCUGUCAUUGCGCCGUGCUCACAUCCGACUCACCGAUCUAUGGAAGACAACGUCGCUGAGGCGUCAUCACCCAACUCCCGCAGGGGACCGCGCCGCAUUGCUCCGGGAGCGGUGGUCAGCAAGGUCGUCGUCGAUGCGCAGCUCCUGGACGACAGCCAGCGCUGCCAUCUUCUUCCUUGGUGAGACCGAAGCCUACCUGCAGACCGAGGUUGUCGAAGGCAUGUGGGAGGCCUUCAGUGCCUGGCUAACAGGGGAAGAGACCCGACGCGACCAACGGGCUGGCCAACCCGCGAUGCCUGUGCAGCCGACGGCCCGGCCGACUGACAGCGAUGACGAGGACAUGUUCCUUCACGAUGCCUGCUCCGAAGCUUCCAACCAGGAAACUCGUAGACCCGCACACGACCCACAGACGCUGUCGACGGCCCACACGCUCUACCUACGCACUCUGGUGAAUCGCCUGCUCCUCACACAACCCACGUUCACGGAGCCCCUGCACGCGCUUCUCGUCCACAUUGAUCACCUCGUCAGCCACAUGCAGCGGCUGCACUCCAUUUUUACGGCCAUCGACCUCGAGACGGACGCGGGUGUUGUGGAUGGCCUCGUCGACCUUGAGCGGGAGGAGCAGCACGUCACCUCUCUGCUGCACGGCGUUGGAUCAAAGGUCAAGCAAGGCAUCGAGGCCGUCGUGGACGCGCUGCGGUCUCUCGAGAACGACGCCGACUUUCUCCUCGAGUGGGACGUGCCAGGAGCGCUGGCGGAUGGUUACGAAGACGACGGCUCGACCGCAGGCGAGAGAUACACGCCGGGCAGGAUUGGCGGUGUAAAUCGCUUGCUGAUGAAGUUGGACUUUGGGAGCUGGCUGGGCAGCCGCCACGAUGGGUGGGAGGGGGGUUGA